ACACCGGAAGUAGAAAGGGAGAAGGACCUCCGAUCUACAGCUUGGCCGACAUUUGUACGGCCACCUAAAAAGCAUAAUUCCGCAAAGAAAGGAAGGAAUCAGCCAAGAUGUGCAAACUAUUCGAUAAAGAGAAAGGACCAGGGAGGCUCAUGAAGAAGGGUCUCACACUUAUACUGGUCGGCCAUAUUAACUUCAUCCUUGGGGCCAUUGUCCACGGGAAUGUCCUGAGGCACAUCUCCAAACCCAAUCAGCAUGUCACCACAGAGUAUACAGUGGCCAACAUCAUCUCUGUCACAUCUGGACUACUGAGCAUAGCUGCCGGGAUAAUUGCUAUUGUGGUAUCUAGGAACCUCCAUGUGAUCAAACUGCAAAUAGGUCUUAUAAUCACAUCUUUCCUGAAUGCCAUGCUGUCCGCUGCCUGCUGCAUUGGGCUCCUCUUGGCCAUUGGGGUCACUGUUGCUCACAAUGGGCAGGGUCUGAUGCAGGGCUGCAACAGCACCGGGGUUCCAAUCAACGCAAGGUCACCUAUCAGUGCCCGCUGUCCCUUCGAUACAACACGAAUCUAUGACACCACCCUGGCACUGUGGAUUCCAUGCGCAGCUUUGUCAGCCGCUGAAGUGGGCCUUUCGAUCUGGUGUUUCAUCGUUGGCCUGGCUUUAAGAGGCCUCGCCCCGUGUGGACACAACUAUAUCAAAGACCAGCUGGAAGAUGAGGCCGCAGCAACAGGUCAUAGCCAACAUCUGAUUGCACAGCCAACAAUGCCAGAUGCCUGAAAAACAUGUUGUCAAGCACAAGUUUUAUUAUUUCCUUUUUUACUUAUAAAUUGUAUAUCCUCAAUCCUAAAUGCAUUUCAACAACAUUAUAAAGAUUGUGAAUUAUUUUUUUAUUGUGAAAGUAAAAUGCAUAUUUAUUUGUAAGAACACUUUAUUUUCAACUAAAGUGGAGUGUUGUUUAAGCAGCACAUUUUUACAUGAAGGAUGCCAGUAUUAAUGAAAGACUACUAUUUUGUUUAAAAUUUUUGUGAGUUGUGAAGUACACUCCACUAUACUGCACAUAUUAACAAGUUCAAUGCAUAUUUACAGUCCUUUAUGCCUUUUAAAUUUAAGUUUUUAUAUUUGUUUUACAACAUUUAACCAUUUCACUGUAUACAACAUGUAUUAGAUUUAUGUGGGGAUUUUCUCAAUAAAAGAAAAGUCCUGGA